AUUUCCAAUCCUUAACCCCGAAGAAGUUCACGUAUUUGAACCCGCGCUCCUGCAAUAGAUUUCUCUGUAUAAUUAACAAUUGAGUUGAUUUAACUUAAUAAUACUGUAAUAUCUCUGCACAAUUAUUAACUGAACUCCUGAAACAAAGCAGUUAACAACUUUAACAGAAUUAAACCUGUUGGCCAUUUACGUACUGCAAUUUUCGACAUUCACUCGCCGCCGAUCUGCUUGCUUCCAGCUUUACCUCUCUGACGUACAUCUUGCUCAGAAGGAAGAGCUUGAUUUGACCUCAGCUAGGUUUCUGUUACAGAGUAUUUGAUUUGAGAAAUUGGAAGAGUUGAUGAUUUGUUGCUUGUAGAGUUGUACUUGAUUAUGUGGAUUGCUCUUAAUUGGAAUCAUGGUUGCGUGCGUGUGCUCUUUUUGGACUGUUGGGGAUGAAUUGAAGCUUGGUGACUUUGAUUUGUGUUGUUGAAUUAAUUGAUUUUGUACUUUUAACUGAAUUUAGGGUUGAUUAUUUGUGAUGAGGAGUAAUAAUUAGGUUAAGAAUUAAGAUUGAGAGUUUUUAAUUGUGAAUUGUGAUCAUGGAAGCUAGAUUGGGUGCUGAGGGUUAUAAUUUUUAUGGUGUUGUUGGUGGUUCAUCUGAUUUGAGUAGUAUGGGGAAGAGAGCUAGAGAGUGGAGUUUGAAUGAUUGGAGAUGGGAUGGUGAUUUGUUUAUAGCUAGCCGUGUGAAUCCGGUGCCGGUGGAUAGUCUGAGAGUGGAUAGUCUGAGAGUGGGACAACAGUUUUUCCCUAUUGGGUCUGGGAUCCCCGUGGCUGGGGGUUCCUCUAACACCUCUUCUUCAUGCUCUGAGGAAGGAGAUGUUGAGAAUCAUAAAAGGAACAAGGAAGGGGAGAGGAAAAGGAGAGUUAUUGUUCUGGAAGAUGAUGGUUUGAAUGAGGAAGCUGGUGCCCUUAGCUUAAAUCUUGCAGGACGUGCUUCACCGGUGGUGGAAAGGGAGAUUGCAAGCUGGGAUGGUAUGAGUGGGAAGAAAAGCAAAGUAGCUGGAGGUACUUCGAAUCGAGCUGUUUGUCAGGUUAAAGAUUGUGGUGCAGAUCUGAGCAGAGGUAAGGAUUAUCACAGACGGCAUAAAGUUUGUGAGAUGCAUUCUAAGGCUAGUAAGGCACUUGUGGGGAAUGCAAUGCAGAGGUUUUGUCAACAGUGUAGUAGGUUUCACUUACUUCAAGAGUUCGAUGAAGGAAAGAGAAGCUGUCGAAGACGCUUGGCUGGCCAUAAUAAACGGAGAAGGAAAGCAAAUCAUGAAGCUGUUCCUAAUGGAAGUCCUACAAAUGAUGAUCAGACCAGUAGUUAUCUCUUGAUAAGUUUAUUGAAGAUACUUUCAAAUAUGCAUUCUGACAGGUCAGAUCAGCCUACAGAUCAGGAUCUUCUAACUCAUCUUCUAAGGAGUCUUGCUAGUCAGAAUGAUGAGCAAGGUAGCAAGAACUUGUCAAAUCUUUUGCAGGAACAAGAGAUUUUGUUGAGAGAAGGGGAUUCUUCUAGGAAGUCAGAGAUGGUGUCAGCUUUAUUCUCCAAUGGUUCUCAAGGCUCUCCAACUGUUAUAGCACAACACCAAACUUUAUCUAUGAAUAAAAGGCAACAAGAAAUGAUGCAUGCUCAUGAUGCUAGCACCGUUGAUCAUCAGCUCGUAUCUUCAAUAAAGCCCAGCAUUUCAAACAGUCCUCCGAUUUACUCAGAAGUCAGAGAUAGUAGUGCACAAAUAAAGAUGAAUAAUUUUGAUUUGAAUGACAUAUAUAUUGACUCAGAUGAUGGCAUGGAAGAUCUAGAAAUAUUGCCAGUUUCUACAAAUAUUGGCACUAGCUCUGUUGAUUAUCCAUGGACACAACAAGAUUCUCAUCAGUCAAGUCCACCUCAAACAAGUGGAAAUUCAGAUUCUGCAUCUGCCCAGUCCCCUUCUAGUUCUAGUGGAGAACCUCAGAGCCGUACAGACCGGAUUGUUUUUAAGCUCUUUGGUAAAGAGCCAAAUGAAUUUCCUCUUGUACUUAGAGCACAGAUUCUUGAUUGGUUAUCCCACAGUCCUACCGAUAUUGAGAGCUACAUACGACCUGGUUGUAUUGUUUUGACUAUUUAUCUGCGUCAGGCUGAGGCUGUGUGGGACGAUCUGUGCUGUGAUUUGACUUCCAGUUUGAGUAAGCUGCUGGAUGUCUCAGAUGAUACAUUUUGGAGAAGUGGAUGGGUUCAUUUCAGGGUGCAGCAUCAAAUGGCAUUCAUUUUCAAUGGUCAAGUUGUAAUAGAUACAUCACUACCUUCUAGAAGCAGAAAUUAUAGCAAGAUUUGGACUGUUAGUCCAAUUGCUGUACCAGCAUCAAAGAGAGCUCAAUUUUCAGUUAAAGGUGUCAACCUAAUGCGCCCUGCCACAAGGUUAAUGUGUGCUUUAGAAGGAAACUAUCUGGUGUGUGAAGAUGCUCAUGAGUCAACAGAUCAAUGCUCCAAGGAGCUCGAUGAACUUCAGUGCAUUCAAUUUUCUUGUUCAGUCCCUGUGACGAAUGGAAGAGGAUUUAUUGAGAUUGAGGACCAGGGUUUGAGUAGCAGCUUUUUUCCUUUCAUAGUUGCAGAGGAGGAUGUUUGCUCAGAGAUUCGUGUGCUUGAGCCUUUACUAGAACUAAGUGAAACUGCUCCAGAUAUUGAAAGGACUGGAAAAAUUAAAGCCAAAAGUCAAGCUAUGGAUUUCAUUCAUGAAAUGGGCUGGCUUCUUCACAGAAGUCAAUUGAAAUAUAGGAUGGUUCACUUGAAUUCCGAUGUAGAUCUCUUUCCAUUAGAACGGUUCACUUGGCUUAUGGAGUUUUCCAUGGACCAUGAUUGGUGUGCAGUGGUGAAAAAACUGUUGAACAUACUGCUUGAUGAAACUGUGAACAAAGGAGAUCACCCUACCCUGUAUCAAGCACUUACAGAGAUGGGCCUCCUUCACAGAGCCGUAAGGAGAAAUAGCAAGCAGUUAGUGGAGUUGCUUUUGAGAUAUGUUCCUAAAAAUACAUCUGAUGAACUAAGACCCGAAGUCAAGGCACUAGGUGAUGGAGAGACUCUAAGCUUCUUGUUUAGACCGAAUGCUGUUGGUCCUGCUGGUUUGACACCACUCCAUAUAGCAGCGGGAAAAGAUGGUUCUGAGGAUGUACUGGAUGCUCUUACUAAUGAUCCUAGCAUGGUGGGAAUUGAAGCAUGGAAGAAUGCCCGUGACAGCACAGGCUCCACACCUGAAGAUUAUGCACGAUUACGUGGCCAUUAUACUUACAUUCACUUGGUGCAGAGAAAAAUUAACAAGAGACAAGUAGCAGCUCAUGUGGUAGUCGAGAUCCCUAGCAAUCAGACAGAGGGCAAUACAAACCAGAAGCAGAAGCAAAUCGAGUCUCUCACUGGAUUUGAGAUUGGAAAAGCUGAAGUAAAACGUGGCCAUGGGCAGUGUAAACUUUGUGAUACUAAAAUUUCUUGUAGAACUGCAGUAGGGAGGUCUAUGGUAUACAGACCUGCAAUGCUCUCUAUGGUGGCCAUAGCAGCAGUCUGUGUUUGUGUUGCUCUCCUGUUCAAAAGCUCACCUGAAGUUCUAUACAUGUUCCGUCCCUUCAGAUGGGAAUCAUUGGAGUUCGGGACAAGUUAAGGUUUCAUUGAUUUGCAACUAAUAAAACUUGAUAGGUCAUGUAUGGAUGUGUUCAUAAACUAAAUGACCGAGAUUUAGGACUGGUUCUUUUCUAUGUAUUGGGUAAAUUGUGCAAAUAUUAUUUACUUACUCCUAUUUAUUAUCCUUCUGUGGACAUACUUGUAAAAUGAAUGUGAAAAACUCUGUUGUUAAAACUCAAUUUGUUAGAUCCUUCGUAAUUUAACUAUAAUAUUUGUAUGGAA